UCGGUGAUACGCAACCGUUAAACGUUCAUCACAUUGCACAAACGCCUUGCAAAAUAAAAAUCCAAGCCUAAUAUUAGACCGUCGGCAGGAAUUUAAAAUAAUCACCGCGGCCAGUGGACAUUUAAUUUUAGUCUUUUGGCAAUACGUGAGAAAACUACCCGACACUUGUGCGCGCGAUGAUCCGUAUCCAAUCUGUAGAUAAUAAUUAUUAUUGGCCGUAAUUGAAAACGACACCCGAGGUUUUUGGCUUUCGCCAUGGCUUUUUGAAUAUAUAGUGAUCAAAUGUCAAUUAGCAGCAGCGUCGCGGUCGGAUCUAUCGUCGCUAUUUCCAGCAAGAUGGAGCUGAAAGAAAUACCCCGAAAAAAGGCCCAAUUGAUCGCCCAAGUAGACCAGAAAAGGGGCGGAGUAAACGCAGUCCUGAUGGCCAAUUUUGUAAGAGUAUUGGCACAAGUCAAGUUUUCGGAGCCCCUCAAUACCAAGUACGGCCCUUCGUGGUGUGUGCUGAUUGACGCGGCAUAGCAAACUAAAAGUUAUGCUGUGUGGGAGCUGCGGGAAUUGCAUACUUUGGACUGUCAACGUUAUAAAGCGGAAAAGGUUGGCGAGCCCGUACAAGCGGCGUCCGCCAAUGGAUCAACGGUCCCCCUGUUUGACUAUUCCAAGGGACGUGAUCCCGAAGCGGGCGACUAUGACCCGAUACAACAUAGGAAACUGGAACAUCCAACAUCGGACAUGGACACCCUUAUUCAUUUGCUUAAGGGUAGUUUGGGCAGCGGAAUCUUGGCCAUGCCGCUGGCGUUCGCCCACGCGGGACUUUACCUUGGCCUCUUCUCAACCUUCGCCAUAGGCGUAAUCUGCACCUACUGCGUCCACAUAUUGGUGAAGAGCGCACAAGAACUAUGCAGAAGGACCCGCGUUCCGUCCCUGGGAUUUGCCGAGGUGGCCGAAGCCGCUUUCUUAGCCGGCCCAGCUGGUUUCAAACCAUGGGCGAAAUUUGCCAAAGCUAUGAUUAACCUAUUUCUCGUGAUAGAUCUACUAGGCUGCUGCUGCGUAUACAUAGUGUUCGUCGCCAAGAACACUAAGCAAGUGGUCGACUUUUAUGCACCCCCCGAAUAUGUUUUCGACAUAAGACUGUACAUGGCCGCGAUGUUGCCGCUUCUUCUGCUGAUUAACAUGAUCAGAAAUCUCAAGUAUCUUUCGCCCUUGUCUAUGGUGGCCAACAUCCUCGUCGCCACUUGUAUAUCCAUCACUUUCUAUUACGUAUUCUCUGAUUUGCCCAGUUUCGAUUCGCGACCGGCCGCCGAACAUAUCACCAAACUGCCCGUGUUUUUCGGCACCGCCAUUUUCGCGUUGGAAGGCAUUGGCGUAGUCAUGCCGCUUGAGAACAACAUGAAAAAUCCCCAUCACUUUAUCGGGUGUCCGGGAGUCCUUAACAUCGGUAUGUUCUUUGUCGUGUGUCUAUACGCCGCCACUGGAUUUUUUGGCUUUCUGAAAUACGGCGACGCUACCGAAGGCAGCAUCACGUUGAACCUUCCCCAGGACCAAGUGUUGGCCCAGUCAGUAAAAUUGAUGAUCGCUGUCGCGAUCUUCUUCACUUACGCGCUCCAAUUCUUCGUGCCCAUGGAUAUAAUUUGGAAAGCGCUGAAAAACAAUUUCAGCGCUAGCAAACAAAACCUCGCUAAUUACUCCAUCAGAAUUUCCCUAGUUUUCCUGACCGUUGUGGUGGCCAUCGUGGUGCCCGACCUAGGCGGAUUCAUCUCGCUCGUCGGAGCCGUCUGUCUGUCGAUGCUGGGACUUAUUUUCCCUGCCAUCAUCGACUUGGUGACCUUUUACGAAGACCCCGGUCUGGGCAGCUUUAACUGGCGGUUGUACAAGAACCUGGCGUUAGUGCUUUUCGGCCUUGUCGGUUUUCUCACGGGCACAUACGUCAGCAUUAUAGAGAUCAUAGAAAGUUUGUCGUCGUAGUGGCUGGGGGAGCCUAUAUAUAAAACGACACUGAGGCGUCAACAAUCCAUCCUCUGAUCAGGGAGUCGUUACCGACAAGGGGGUUUCCAGCCGGCUGAAACCCGGUUUAAUCUCGCACUGCACAAAAUUUAAAUAGUUGACCACUAUAGUGGUGGAUUCCCUGUUUAGAAUUAGUUAGCGAAUUCGCUCUGCGCUCCCAGAAUAUGCUAUACGUGAAACCCGAAUCAAACUGAACGAUUUGAGUUGAGUUUGAAGUUGAUAUAGACACGACGCGACAUAUACGCAAAUUUUAAAAUUACAUUUCCGUGACGAUCUUUUGCUCCUGGUAAUUUGACAAUCAAAAUAUAUCGAUUUUGUUCUUUUUAUUUAUCUAUCCGCUUGUCCUUUUUGUUUCAUUUAAGCACUCGAGGAUCAAGAAAGGAAAGAAUGCAGCUUCUGGGUGCACAGUUUGAAUUUAGAAUACGCCGACGCCUUGGUGUUACAAUAUUUAACUGUAGAUUAGACUGUAGUUCCAUCUGUGAUUUUUGUAUACAGGUAGAACAAUAUUUAAACAUCUUCGCGAUUCAGAAUGAACUAGGUAUCUACUGGGAAACAUAUUGACAAAAGGAGACUAUAAUCUCUGGGCAAUAGGAAGAUUUUUUAGAAUGACAAUAAUUAGCGGUCAAAAUUAAAAGAAUUAAUUUCUGUAAUUCAGUAUUUUUCAUUACCUUACAGGUAGUUAUCGUUGCGAGUGUAGUGAGAACGUCAUUGGCCAUUCAUUUAUUAUUUAUGUUUUAUACGUUUUGUGAUUUUUCUAGCGUCUAAGUGAGCUCGACGGUUAGAGUAUCCCGUUCCUUGAUCGGGACGAGGCGAACGAAAAGCUUUUAUGGUUCCAAAGGAACCGUUGAGACUUUGUGCCUUAUUUUUGGUCUCCCUUCCGGGAGUGGGAGACCGGUUUACAUCCUUUUCCCUCACCUACGUUCCUUGCACAAUCACACACAGACAAGAACUACGCAUACCAUGUGACUCAGGUCGUUGCCAUCAAAAUGCAUUUUGAAAUCCUAUUCGGAAAAUAACGGAAAUCCCCCCUGAAAAAUUUAAUGUGUAACUACCAAAACACGUGGGGCCGUGGGGAAAUGACAAUAUUGCAACACGAAUUUAAAACAACGGAAAAUUCUUUAAUUUCAGUUUUGGAAAGGACCUGAGUCACGAUAAGUAUGUAGCUUAUAAUAUUUAUUUAAGCCGUCGAACAUUAAAGGAAAUCUCAAUAUUUUUUAUUAAGUUUUGAAGUUUUAUAUUGCUUGUUGGGUGACUUUAUUUAUUAACUAUAACUAGUAAGUGAGCUGCCCUCUGUGUGUGAGUCUAAAUCUGGAAGCCCUCAACGUGAGGGGUUCAACCAAGUUCCAAAAGUUUUAUACUGGUUAAGUACCUAAAUUAUAGUGCCUAUAUGUUAAUCAUAUAUGUACCUAUUAUUUGAAAAAUAAAUACGUCGUUUUCAAUAA